AUGUAUUGCAAACGAUUCAUCUCUAAUAUUUCCUAUGGUGAUGAUACAUAUCUACUCUUAAAGAAGACUCGAUUAGAUUUUGAAAAUCAUUCGUUUUUGUAUUUAUUUCCUGGUGAGAGGUUUGACAAUAAGGACAUGUUAGAUUGGCCGCCUCCAUUUCAAAAUGAUGAUCGUGAUAUUAAUAUUUUGGGUUCUGGAAUUAAUGGCACCCUUUGUCUCUAUGUCAACAAUAUUAGUUCAAAAGUCGUAUUGUGGAACCCAGAAAUUGAGGAAUUCAAGGCUAUUCCACACAAACCUUCUGUUUCCGUAAAACAUUAUGUAAAAGUUAUUGAGCAACUUCAUGGGUUUGGUUAUGAUUUUGUUAGAGAUGAUUAUAAGAUUAUCCGAUAUGUGGAAUUUUAUACCGAUCUAUUUAGUUUUUUUGAUGCUCAGGUAAAUGUCUCACUGUCAAACGUGGUAUAUGACCCUGUGUGGGAGAUAUAUAGCCUUAAAAGUAAUUUCUGGAGAAAACUUGAUUUGGAUAUGACAACUUUUUAUCGGAGUCCUAUAAGUGUUCCAGAGCAAGUGUGCAUGAAGGGAGUGUGUCAUUGA